AACGCGACCGUAUUGUAAUGCCAAGAUACAUAUCAUCUAAGAAAAUAUUCAUAAAACUUGAAAUUCACAUGGCUUGCCUUGAGUACGUGCGAGAAUUCUGUCUGGAAAACAACAUUUGUUAAUACAUGAGUACUCGUAAAAUACUAUCAGGUUGAUGAAUAAUACUUGCAAAUAGCACAAAUUACUAUUCACGAACAGACGGUAUAAAUGCUAGAUCGGCACAAGAGAUUCUUAGUUUUCGAUUUGACUUAAGCUUAGUUAGUCGUUGAGAUUUCCUUGCCAUUCUCACAAAAGAAAAAAAUCUUCCAAACGUAUAGAUUAUAAAAUGAUGUUCAAAUCUCUUUUUACAACCACAUUCUUACUUUUACUCGUGAAUACUUCCGUGACUUUUGAAAUAACUGAUUUAAUUCCGGGAUCGAAUAAUCAGUCAUCAGAAACUUCUAAAGGCAAAAAUCCAUCAAAUGAUAAUUCUACUUUUGACGAAAUAUCUUCGCAGUUUUCUAAAUUGAAAAGUAAAACAUUAAAUUGUUUUGGUAUUCCUGUUGCAUUAUUCGCAAAUAUAGUGGAAAAACUUUUCACGCAGGAAACAAAAGCUGAAGAUGUAAGAUAUUAUUUCUAUUCUCGCGAUAUAUCGGGAAAUGUGACAGUUCGUAAUGAUGUCGAUUUCGACAUAAAUAAUCUUCCGUACAAAAGUAACCGAAAAACUGUGAUUAUAACACAUGGAUUUAUGUCAAGCGGCACAAUAGAUUGGGUACAGGAAAUGAAAGACGCAUUUUUAAAAUUGGAAGAUGUAAAUGUCAUUGUUGUAGAUUGGCAAAAGGGCAGCAAUACGUGGAAUUAUGUGUCAGCUUCAAUUAGCACAAAAAUCGUUGGGACUGAAAUCGCUAAGCUACUAAGUAUUGUAAAGGGAAAGAUACUGGAUAGUUCGCCUGAGACUAAAGAAUUUGGUUCAUUGUACCUUGUUGGACACAGUUUAGGUUCACAUAUUAGUGGUCACGCCUCAUACGUCCUACGAGAACAAGACAAAGAUGAAAAGAUAAAGUUUAGGUUAGAAAGAAUUACUGGUUUAGAUCCGGCUCAACCAUGUUUUACAGAAGCCGAUUUAAGUUUGAAGUUAGAUAAGACUGAUGCGCAAUACGUCGAUAUUAUUCAUACAAAUGCCCAAAAUAUCUUGCUUUUAGGACUUGGACUUCCCACUCAAUUAGGUCACGCUGACUAUUAUCCCAAUGGAGGAAAAAUACAAUUAGGGUGUGCAAAAAUUAAUACCACGUUUUGGGAUUUUCUUUUGCUACCAGUUGACAUUGUUAAAUCAUCCAUUUGCAGCCAUGGCCGUUCCCAUGAAUUGUUAACAGACUCUAUUAAUACCAGGAUUUCUGAUGAGUGUCGUUUUAAAGGACGCAAAUGGAAUCAGAAAUAUGAAAACAUAUCUGCACUUGUAAAAGAAGGUUGUGAGGAAGAUGUGUGCCCAGAAAUGGGUGUUAAUUCUAUCAAAUACCAUCCAGAUAAAGAUGGCACAUACUUUGUACCAACGGGUGACGAUGUUCAUUAUUGUCAUGUUUCUGAGGUUAAUAGAAAGCAUAUAAAGAAACAACUGGAAAAUGAUGAAGCUUUAAAAAAUAAUCCUGUCGGUAAAUUAGUUGGACAUAUUCUAUAAUAAGCAAUAUAGAUGUUUUAUAAAAAAAAAAAAAAAACAAAAGUGUAAAAAUUAAAUAAAUUCUUCGUUUUGGCUAUAUGUUAUCAUAUUCACUUAAACAACGUGAAAUAUACAUUAAUCUCGAUAAUUUAAAUUAUCGUAAAACAAAAUAUGCCCAAAAAGUUUAAGUCACAUAUUUUUCUAAAACUAUGACAGUUGAUUUUUUUAAGCAUAUAAUUUUGCAUAUAGUAUCUAUAAUAUGAAAAUCCUUAUGUAUUUUCAUAUCCUAUACCUAAAAAAAAGAUACAUUCUAUCCUGAUAUCUUAUAUCCUAUCCCUAUCCCUAUAUAAAAAGUCAUGACUGGAUGUUGUGAAUCCAAGAUAGACGUUUUGUGAUUGGCUCAUAUAGUGCGCAUGCGUUUAAGUCGGGAAGUCUAAAAGCCUAAAAAAAAUUUGUAAUUAAAAAAUUCACACCGUGGUUAUUUUUUUAUUAAAAUCGGGUAUAUUUAAAAAAAUGUCCCGGUAAACAUGUUAUAAUGUAGAUGCUUUAACUAAUUACCAUAAAGUUAGAUUUAUUAUAAGAAAUUCAAAUGUUCAUUUAAAAAAAAAAUGCCUCCAUUUGAUUAACCCAUUAAAGCCCAUGCUAAGACUGGUUGAGAUAGCGACAAACAAACUGUGCUAUCCUUUGCAUAAGUGAAAAAUAAAAUAUACGUAUUUUUUCUUAUGUCAUUUUCAAUUGUUUAUAACAAAUUAUUUAAAUAAAUUACAAAAAAAUUCAUAAUUUUCAAAAUCUGAAUGCGGGAAUCGAUUCUGGAGGUAAAAUCGAGACGAAAACCUAUAUAACACUUUUUUGUCAGAGUUCAAUUUGUUAGUGUAAUAUAGGAAGAAACAAUUGCAUGUUGGGAAGAAAAAGUGACCAUGUCAAGUCCCAAGCAAAAUCUAUCUGGAAUAGCAAAAAACAAACUGUACCAUCCUUUGCAUAAGUGAAAAAUAAAAUAUACGUAUUUUUUCUUAUGUCA